GCGAUUACCCAAAUUACGUUUUGGCGGUAAAUACCGAAGAAUAGGUACCAUUAGACGUUGGGUUGUAAAGGUAGGCAGAAGAAAGUAUCAAGUCCGUGGUUUCCAGCGUGGGCGCCUCACCAUUAGAGUCGGAAAGAGAACUGCACCGCUUAUACAUAGAGGACCUUUCUGGUAUAUACGUUUCGGAAGAAGACUGGUGAAAGUGAAAAAAAGGGGAGGACGACGGUAUAUAAUUUUGAGACGGAAGAUAAUCUAUUUGAGGUGGAUCCUCAAGUUACGGUUCAAGGGCGUCAGACGCUUUGUUCGAUGUCGCAGAGGAAAGUACAGUAUUCGGUUCCGAAGAAAAUGGUUGCCAAUGAGAAAGCGUCGGCAGAAUUUCAUCAAGCGUGGACGUCGAAGAUAUUCGAUAAAGAAACGAGGCAGGAAAUACUUCGUGAGAUAUCGAAAUAAGUGGAAACGAACGAAAUUGAAAUGGAAGAAGCGAUAUCGGAGAGGAAGGCGACGUUACAGGAUCCGUCGAAGACGACAAAAGAGGAGGCGGCUUCGACGACGUAGAAGACGGAAAAGGAGAAGGCGACGAAGGCGACGAAGGCGAAUCAGAAGGAAGCUCAGACGACGAAGAAGAGCAUCAAGGAUACGCUUUGGACGUAAAUAUCGCACAAUAAAAUAUCGCAGACAGUACAUCAUCCGAUACAACAAAAGAACAACUCGAUUACCUAAUUUCAACCGGCGUGGACUAACAAUCCGUGUAUUUAAACGACAGAGGCGAAUUUUCAGAGUGCGCAGACGAUGGUACAUUAAGAUAGGACGAAGAACGGUUCGUGUUGUGCGACGUGGCCGCCGUCACGCUAUACGCUGGAAAAAAAAAUGGGUGUGGUUGAGAUGGAGAUUUAGAUUACGCUUUAAGGGCGUCACGCGGGUGAUUAGGUGUCGUGGAAGACGUUGGAGAAUCCGUAUAGGAAAACGCUUCAGACCUAUUAGAAAACGGAGAACACCCUACAUCAUAGCUGGACGGAGACGAUAUCGAGUGAAAAAAGCAAAAGGAGGAAGAUAUCGUAUAUGGGUGAAAACGAAAUGGAGUAGAGCAAAGAGAGUCAAACGACCGCGGCGAAGACGCAAACCAAAUUGGUACAAGCGAAUGAUUAAAAGAAGGCGACGAAGGCGAAGGAGACGACGUCGAAGACGUCGUAACCGACGUUAUAGGCGGAGACGAACCCGUCGAAAACAGCGACGCAGAAGACGAAGACGAAGACGAAUGAGACGAAAGAGACGACUGGGAGGCUGGAGGCGACGUAAAAUUAAUUUCAGGGGAAGGUUCCGUAUUUUGCGUACAUCUAGACCUCGAUUAAGUAUCAAAGUGAAAGGAAUCCGGUACAGAAUCCAUCUAGGUAGAAAGUUGAUGAAGAUCAGGUACGGCGGAAAAUAUAGGGAAGUGAUAUCCAGAGGGAAAUUACCGUACCUUAAGAUUGGAAAGACUUUAUACCGCAUCUACAUCCGCGGACGUUAUUGGAAUAUAAGAAGAGGGAGAAGAUUGCUCCGCUUACCAAGGGUUGCGAGGUACUAUUUCAUGAGAAAAUGGCGACAGGCGAAAUGUAGCGGGAAAAGACUAUACAUCAGGUACAUGCGGCGCUGGUUCCGUGUCAUAAGACAAAAGGGGUAUACCAUCCGCUAUCGUGGUAGAAAAUUAAGGGUGAAGAGGACACGUAAAGGAUACAAAGUACGCUAUGGGGGUCGCUAUGGAAAGGCUCGAAGAGCGAGGAAAAGAAGAACGAGGAGAAGAGGGCGCGGAAGACUUCGACGAAGAAGGGGAAGGCGAGUGAGGAGGAGGAGACGGUACGGACUAAGAAGGAAAGGACGGCGGGGAAGACGACGACGUGGAAGGAAGUACGGAUUACGACGUCGACGACGAAGAAGACGUGGUAGAAGGUACAGACUAAGAAGAAGAGGAAGACGUCGACGUGGAAGAAGAUAUAGAUUACGGCGUCGACGACGAAGAAGACGUGGUAGACGUUACAGGUUAAGGAGAUAUCGUGGACGAAGGCGUCGCCCAAGACUCUACUUCAAAGGACGUUACCGACGUUUGAGAAAGGGAGGAAAAGUAUGGUACGCGAAAAUUGGUGGACAUAGAUUCAGACUUCGCAGAACCGGUCGUCGAGUGAAAAUUUACUACAAGAAACGAUGGCGUCUAAGUAAUAAGCAACGCGGAAAGUGGUACAUCUGGUAUGGAAGAGGGUGGAAGCUUAUCGUGAGGCGUCGAGGCCACUGGUUUGUGAAAAUCCGUCGGCGCCUACAACGGCUAAGAAUGAAGGCGAAUCUGUUAAUGAUCAAGGUCAGACGGAUCUGGGCACGCAUGAUGAUGCUGAAGAGGCGGCUGUACGUUAAGGUCGGUCGUAAAUGGAAUCGAGUGGUUAAACGUCGAAUGUAUCGCAUACGCUAUCACGGCCGCAACCUGCUGGUCAAGAGGAAAGGAAAAAGCGCUUCUGUUCGAUAUCACGGACGUUGGUGUCGCAGGAGAAGGAUAGUGAAGAGACAACCUCGUCGCUUGUCGAGGGGACAAAGAAGGCGACUGCGAAGAAGGAGGAGAAGGCGGGCUAGGAGACGACGACGUCGGAGGAGAAGGCGAAGAAGGCGAAGAAGAAGACGUAGACGGAAGCUUAGGAGAUAUGGACGGCGACGACCACGACGCGGAAGACGCCGCAGAAGAGGACGACGAGGAAGGCGAAAGAGAUACGUCCGCUACCGUGGAAGACGACGACGUGUAAAGAUCAAAAGGAAAUACUUCUUUGGAC